GGUGCCAGUUUACCGCAUCCCGGUGUGCUGCCACCUACAGGCGGAGGUGUGGAACGGACCGGAAGUGGGAACAACAAACACGACGAUUGCUAAAUCUAGUGAACUAUCUGCUUCUUAAAUACAAUAAUAGAUCUGGGUUGACAAAACUAAAUGAAGCAUAAAAGAGGAGGACGAGGAAGAGGAGGAAAAAGAGGAGGCAGGGGAAAUCGUACUGAAGAGGACAGAGAUGUUAGUCUGUCUAAAUCCAUGUCCUUUGUGCUUCGUCAUGGAGCUACACAGAUUGGGCUUCAAAUGGCCACAGAUGGCUUCCUGUUUGUGGAGGACCUCCUGGCUCACCAACAGUUCCACUUAUACACAUUAGAAGAUAUUGAGAGAGUCGUAGCCACAAAUGACAAGCAACGCUUCAAGCUCCGCUCCCACCCAGAGGAUGGCCGGCUGCAGAUUCGAGCCAAUCAGGGACAUUCAGUACAGGCAGGCAGACUCCAAAUUAAAUACAAUUUAUUUUAUGUCAUAGAUCUGGAGCUUAAACCAGUUCUGGCUGGUUCUCCUGACUGCCCCACCGAGGCUAUUCAUGGCUCCUACCUCCGCAGCUGGCCGGCCAUUCAACAGCAGGGUCUGAGCCGCAUGAAAAGGACUCAUAUUCACCUGGCGUGCGGCCUUCCAGGGGAAGAUGGUGUCAUAAGCGGCAUGAGGAAAAACUGUGAUCUAGCUGUGUUUAUUGACGUCCCUAGAGCUCUGGCUGAUGGUAUUGAGUUCUUCUGGUCAGAGAAUGGUGUGUUGCUGACUGCAGGCGAUGCUGAGGGUAAACUCCUUCCUAAAUACUUCACCCGAGCCCUAACACUCAAGCCUACAAGAAGCAUCCUCCCCCUUGCAGUAAAAGCUGCCGAGCUGCAGAUGUCUGAACAAGCUUGAAUUACACAGUUUCUUUAUGUUUGUUGUGGUCUCCGUGAUAACACGAGUUUUGCAUUUCCUAUUAAUGACGAGAUGACGAAGACUCGAAGCCCCAGUUUAUCUUCAUAAUAAACAUGUAACCAGAUAACGAUAA